AUGUCCCUAGGAAAGAUAUUAGCGCUCGAUAAAGUUACUAAUUUCUUCAAUGCAAUCCGCCAGAAUGGUGGAAUAAGAGCUUCUCUGUAUAAACUGUACAGACAAGAUGAACUCAAAGAUGGCAAACUAAUUGGUGAGGAUAAAUAUGGAAACAAAUACUAUGAGAACCCUCGCUACUUCUACGGCAGGAACCGUUGGGUGGAAUACAAUGACAAGGCAUAUUUGAACUACGAUGGAAGCCAGGUACCCGCUGAAUGGUUCGGCUGGCUCCACUACAAAACUGAUCUGCCCCCACACCAGGACCCAAGCAGACCCAAAUACAAAUGGAUGGCUGAUUUCACAGAGAACAUGUCAGGCACGACCGGUCAAUACGUUCCCUACAGCACGACCAGGUCCAAGGUGGAACCCUGGGUGCCUAAGAAAGCUGCUUAA